AUGGUGGCCCUCUGGGGCCACGAAAGUUGGCUCAGCCACCAAAUGUGGCUCUCCAUGGCCCUCCACAAUGAAUCAGUUAAUGUUACUACAGAAAACAACUCCUUCUACAACGGUGUUGCCACGUGGUAUGGCCCUCCCGAAGGAGCCGGAAGUGAUGGGGGAGCUUGUGGCUUGGGAUAUGAUAUAGAAAAUGAUCCCUACUAUGGUUUUGUUUCUGCUGGAAAUAACAACUUAUUUCAAUCCGGAGCCGGUUGCGGAGCUUGUUAUGAGGUGAAGUGUAUGUAUAACAAUGAAUGUUCAAAAAAUGCAAUUAAAGUAACAAUUACAGACGACUGUCCCGGUUCAUGCAAUGACGAUGACAUUCACUUCGAUUUAAGUGGAAAAGCUUUUGGAGCUUUGGCAUAUUCUGGCCAAGAAUACAACUUGAGGAAUGCUGGCAAGAUCAAUAUUCAGUAUAGAAGGGUAAAAUGCAACUACAAUUCAAACGUUAAAUUCAAAAUUGUUCCGGGGUCAAAUGCUUACUAUCUAGCCUUUGUGGUGGAGGCUUUGAAUGGAUAUGGUGAUAUUGCUAGUGUUGAACUGCAACCUUCAAACUCAGAUUGGGUGCCAAUGCAAAGAUCUUGGGGAGUCACAUGGAAAGCUGAUUUGAAAGAUUGGCAAAAAGGUCCUUUCUCUGUAAGGAUCACUGAACCUGAAAGCAGUGCAUCGAUUACUGCAUACAAUGUCAUUCCUUAUGAUUGGAAGAUUGGACAAUUCUAUUACUCCAAUACUAACUUUUGA